AUGUUGAUAAUACGGCUCCUCGGGGCAGCAAGCCUGGCAUGCCUCAUGUUCAACAGACCGGUGCUCGGCGACAGAGGUGACAACAACCUAACCGACGGACAAUUUCGUCUGUUGCAGCUCAUCAACCCCCAGGUGCCCAAGAAACCGGCCAUAGACACCGACUUCGCCGAUCCUGCAAUAAUCCAGGAUAAGGACAAGAAGUGGUACGCUUUCGCAACGAGCGGCAACAACAAACAUAUACAAGUGGCGACAGCCAUAGAUCCAUUGGGCAACUGGACGGUGCUCAACAAGGAGCCACUGCCUCGCGCUGGCAACUGGACCACGGGCGGGCAGAACACCUGGGCACCAGACGUCAGGAUAGUCGGCAACGGGACAUAUGUAAUGUACUACGCUGGCGAGCUGGCCAAGGACUCGAGGUUCCACUGCCUAGGCGCAGCGACCAGCAUUUCAAUAUUAGGGCCAUAUAAGCCGCUAGACCAGCCUUUGGCCUGCCACCUCGAUAGUGGCGGCGUCAUCGACCCAUCGGGGUUCCUCGACACGGCGACGGGAAAACGGUACGUCGUCUACAAGAUCGACGGCAACUCCAUAGGACACGGCGGCGACUGCAAUAACGCAGUAAGCCCGCUGGUGGCAACGCCCAUCAUGCUGCAAGAGGUCGGAGCCGACGGCGUGACCACGAUCGGAAGCCCGGUCAAGAUCCUGGACCGCGAGGACCGCGAUGGCCCGCUGGUCGAGGCGCCGAAUUUGGUGCGGGCCAGCGACGGGUCGUACGCCAUCCUCUUCAGCAGUCACUGCUUCAGCACGACAUUGUACAAUGUCAACUACGCCAUCGCGACUGAUGUCAAGGGUCCUUACAAGAGGCCGGCGUCGCCGCUGGUGCAGACGGGCGAUUUCAACUUGACGUCGCCGGGAGGGGCGACCGCGUCGGUAGAGGCUGGCGUGGUGGCAUUCCAUGCGAGGUGUCCAAAAGGGAGGUGUAUGUUUGUCGGCGAGUUUGGGGUUAUUGGAAAGGACGUUAUUAUUUCCGAAGUAGGUUGA